ACUUGGCAGCAAGAUGGCGUUUUGACGUGCGCCAUCGAACGCUUUGGUCGCCACAUUUCGGCCAAAUUUGACCCAAUCGGCCGCCGACGCAGGCACCCCGAGGGCACCCCUCGCCACCAUGGAGGACCCUGUGUGUCCCGUGUGCACCCUGUCGGUGCGCAAGGGCAUCUCGCUCGAGGAACACCUCAACACGCACCCCAAGGAUCAGGUGAUCCAUGCGUUGAUACGAAGGUGUGUGACCGCGGCCUCCGCGGCCGCCCCUGCGGCCUCACCUCUUCAGUUUGUGCCGACGCUGCCGACUAACUCGUACACGCCGUUCAGCCUUUUCGUGCAACCCCCGAGUUACCUCCAUUACAAUCCAGUGCCAGCGCCAUUUGUGGCUCCGGGGCCUGUUUUCAGCGCCUCCAGCCCCCGACCACCGCCUCCGCAGGCCUCUCCAACACACACCCAGGCCAGCGGCACACCACUUAUCAGACCCGCUGCAGCAGUUUCGCCAGAGAAGGUAAUUGCCAACCAGGCAAAGCUUGAUAAAAAUGAAACACCAGACGAAGCUGGCAAAAAUGAGGACGAGGAUGAACAUUUUUACGAGAGCAACGAAGAAGAAGAUGAGCCGCAGAAUGACAAGUCAAGAGCAGCUUCACCUGAAACUCAACCCGAAGCUGCAUCUGGUUCGUCUGGAGCUUCUACUGCCAAAUCAGCGCUGAUGACACAUACUGUGUUCCGUGAAAAUGCAACUGUGGUCGAAAACGUCUUCAUCGAUAUUAAGGAGGAACUUGCUCAAAUAUCAAGAAGCAAUGUUGCCAAUGCACAAGGCUGCAGUUCAAUCUCGCAAACCUUAGAACUGAUCGUCAGACAGAAGGAAGAGGAGAUGGUGCGUUGCUCCGAGGUGUUGGACGCUCAUUCCGACCGCUCGGAUAGCUUCCAGGGACCUAGUGAGAUCGAGCAGGGAGAAAAUAAGGGCGAAAUUGUGCUCGGCAUUUCCAACGACGAGUAUGAAGCAUCGGACCAUUUCAGCGUUGGUCCUCAUUCACCAAAAGACAAUGCCUCUAUCAGAGACAUCCAGACUGAUGAAACGAUGCCUCCGCAGGGUGAACUCAGUGAGCAGGAGAGUAUCGGGGGUGACUCUGCCUCUCUCUGGGGACCUGCAGCCGAAGAUGUGUUCUCGGGAUUAGCAAUUCAGAGGAGGUCUGAAACUCCUCACUUGCUGACCGACUGGCAGCCCUUGGCGGCCGCUGCAUCCCGACAUUCGGAAGCAGCGACUGCCAGCACUUCAACCUCUACCCAAAGUAGUAGUCACACCGAACGCAACAUGGUGUUCUGUGGGACUAUUGUAAACAGAGGAAUUCCCAUUGGCAGUGGAGGAAACCAAUGGCGUCCCGUCGACCAAGAUCUCAAGCCAGCCGAAAAUCAGGAACCCGUAGAACAAAAAGUACUAAUGACUGUGAUGGGUGAAGAAACUCUGCUGGUGGAGCAGUCUGUGCGUAGACAGCAGGUUUGCUCCGUCUGCAACCAGACCUUCAACAGCUACCGCGAACUGCAGAACCACCGACGCAAAGAGCAUCGCAAAACCAAGUACAGGUGCCCCAUUUGCGUGGUGCCAUGCGAGUUUUCGGAGAGGAAGGACUACUUGGAGCACACCAAGUCUCACCCACUCGAGUGUCCUCUGUGUGGAAAGACCUUCAAGAGUUUGCCCAGCCUCAGUCUGCACAUGAAGCGCGAGAUGAACAUUCGUCCUCACAAGUGCCAAGUGUGUGAUAAGAGUUUCAUAACCAAGCAGAAACUCAUGGAGCACUCCAACAAGCACUCUGGGCUCACACCUUAUGACUGCAAGAUAUGUGGUAAAGGUUUUCGGCGCUACAGUAACCUGAUUCAGCACAGGGAUUGGCUCCAUUUGCGGAAACGCAAGCCUCCGAUCGAUUUGCAUUGUAGCUUCUGCGAACAGAUUUUCCACUCGAAGAAGAGAAUGGAGUGGCACCUGGAGGAGGCUCACUUUCCGCAGCCGCAUGUUUGCGCCCACUGCCCCCAGCGAUUUACCCACGCCUCCUGUCUGACUCGCCACGUCCGCCAGCUCCACGACCGCAAGUACCUGCCACAGGCCAAAGAGGGAGGACCCAAAAAGGGGUACAAGGAAUGCACCGAGUGCGGGGGUGUUUACUCGAAGACCUCUCUUGCCGUGCACAUGCGCACUCACUCAGGGAUCAAGCCGUACAAGUGCACUAUUUGUUUCAAGGCGUUUACAACUCGUUGGAACCUGAGCCAGCACAUGUGGACCCACGAGUCUCCAGCCCAGCUGCCUCUCAAGUGUGACGUCCAGCAGUGCCGAAAAGCCUUCUACCGAAAGGAAGACCUGGAGGCGCACCGGCGUUCGCACACCAAGCACAAGGCGUACACCUGCAACGUGUGCGGAAUGAAGUUCCUGCGCAAGUCGAACUGCAUGCGCCACUACAGAGAACACGUCAAGGACAAAGAGCACACAUGCGAGAUCUGCAGCAAGACGUUCCACAGGUCGUACUACUUGGCUGAACACAUGCGCACCCACUCGGGGGAGAAGCCCUACUCGUGCCACAUCUGUGGCAAGAACUCGACCACCAAGUCCAACCACAACAAACACCUCAAAACUCACUUGGGCAAGGAACCCGUCACUCCCGAAAACUAAUCAUAAAAUCAGCAAACAUUCCUCUAAUAAUUUGAAUUGAAUUGCUCUAAAUUGUCAGUUAAUGUGAUUUUUACUUCACCGAUUGUUUUACGAUGUUGGUCAGCUGCUCAAGAUGUUUCCAAUUGAUCAUUUUGCAGUCUGACACAUUUGGCCUUUUCGAAGCCAGCUUUCAAACCUAACUGUUUGUACUAUGGAAAUUUGUAUCAAUCAGUAUAUUAUGCUGAUGAAAUGCGAUGGAGAAAAUGUGGGAAAAUGUUUCUUAUGUUGAUGUGAAGUUUGUUGACGUUGAAACUUUUUACAAAUUUAAGCAAAUAAGUUUGUAGACACUAGCGAUAGCUUGAAAUUAAUUUUAUUAUCCCUAAACUGGAUAAAUAGUAUUUCCUGAGUUAUUUAAAAAAUUUGAUUUUUUUAAGGAAAUCCAUUUUACUAUGAUCUUGUGGAUCAACCCAUUUUACAUUGCUAAUGAAAUGUGCGUGUUUAAAUUAAUUUUUAUUUUUAAUAUUUGAUUGUCUGCAAUGUAAAUCAAACAGCGGUUUUUGUCACACAAACACCCCCGUAACGAGCAAUACUUAUGUCGACGAUAAAUUAUUCUGUUUGCCUGUAAAGUCGCCUUGGCAGAGCGAAUUCAGUGAAUGUGUUUUUAUUCAUGCGACGGAAGCAUAAAUGUGUGCAUAAUCUCAGUUCAAUAAAAUCGCGCUGACGCGCGUGAAAUAUGCCCAAGA